AUGGGGUUGAAAGACUGUGACUCAAUCUUCUUCGAGAACUUCUUCCUCACAGAAACAUCGGCGCGACAGACCUUCUUCAUCAAACUGCUACCAUUCCACCGCCUCCAUGGCCAAACCGACCUCCUCAUUUCUGAUUUUUGUCUCAAACUUGUGCACAAUCCGUCUCACUCCUCUCAUCUUAACUCCGGCGGCGAACUCAACCUCUCCGUCUACCACCAUGCCUCAAUCUUUUCUGUCUCCAUCAACCUAACACGAGUUUCUCUUUGGUUACGAUUUCCGCUCAAACUCCUUCGGUUCCGUCUCAGGCUUCAACUCCGUAGAGCAUACUCCAAUCUCACUUCCGAUUCAUCCCUCUCUCAAAUUUCGACUUCUCCGCAUUGUUUAAUCCUAAUCGCUUGUUUCUCCUUUGGAAUGAUGGAAGUUUGCACAUAG